UCCCGUCAUCCCCCCCUUCUCUCCCCGUUCCCCAAUUCGAAUCGAGCCGCACCGAAUCGAAUCGCGUGGGGGGGCGACUUGCCCGCACGCACACAACACCCACUCUCCGAACCGCCGCCGCCGCCUUCUAGGGUUUCGGCUUCCCGAGGGGGCCCCCAGCCCGCCGACGAUGUCGCUGCGGCCGAGCGAGCGGGCGGAGGUGCGGCGCGGGCGCUACAAGGCGUCCGUGGACGCGGAGGAGGGCCGGCGCAGGCGCGAGGACCAGAUGGUGGAGAUCCGGAAGAACCGCCGCGAGGACUUCCUCCUCAAGAAGCGCCGCGAGGGGCUCCCGUCCUCCGCUGCCCCCGGCGGGGCCUCGCAGAUGGGCCACUCCUCCGCGCUCCAGCAGAAGCUGGAGGGCUUGCCGGCCAUGGUGCAGGCCGUGCUCUCGGACGACAGCGCCGUGCAGCUCGAGGCCACCACGCAGUUCCGGAAGCUGCUCUCCAUCGAGCGGAGUCCUCCAAUCGAGGAGGUGAUUAACACAGGUGUGGUGCCACGCUUCAUUGAAUUCCUCAAGCGCGAGGAUUAUCCCCAACUCCAGUUUGAGGCUGCAUGGGCACUCACCAACAUUGCGUCAGGCACAUCAGAAAACACCAAGGUGGUGGUUGAGUAUGGUGCUGUGCCCAUCUUUGUCACGCUCCUCAGCUCACCGAGUGAGGAUGUCCGCGAGCAGGCUGUAUGGGCCCUGGGGAAUGUUGCUGGUGACUCUCCAAAGUGCCGUGACCUUGUGCUUGGAAGUGGUGGACUAUUCCCAUUGUUGCAGCAACUGAACGAGCAUGCCAAGCUCUCGAUGCUCAGGAACGCCACGUGGACACUCUCCAACUUCUGCCGUGGAAAACCGCAGCCAAACUUUGAGCAGGUCAAACCAGCUCUCUCAGCGCUGCAGCGCCUCAUUCACUCUCAGGAUGAGGAGGUCCUCACUGAUGCCUGCUGGGCUCUCUCAUACUUGUCUGAUGGAACUAAUGAUAAGAUCCAAUCUGUGAUUGAAUCUGGUGUGUUCCCUAGGCUUGUGGAGCUUCUCAUGCAUCCGUCGGCUUCGGUGCUCAUUCCAGCUCUGCGCACGGUGGGUAACAUUGUCACUGGUGAUGAUUUGCAGACUCAGUGUGUCAUUGAUCAUCAAGCGCUUCCCUGUCUCUUGAACCUCUUGACUACCAAUCACAAGAAAAGCAUCAAGAAAGAAGCAUGCUGGACUAUCUCAAACAUCACAGCUGGUAACCGGGACCAGAUUCAGGCUGUUAUCAAUGCAAACAUAAUCGGACCUCUGGUGCAUCUUCUGCAAGGUGCUGAGUUUGACAUCAAGAAAGAGGCGGCUUGGGCGAUUUCAAAUGCCACUUCUGGUGGAACACAUGAUCAGAUUAAGUACCUUGUUGCCCAGGGUUGCAUCAAGCCACUCUGUGAUCUGCUCAUUUGCCCCGAUCCCAGAAUUGUAACAGUUUGCUUGGAAGGUCUUGAGAACAUUUUGAAGGUUGGGGAGGCAGAAAAAAACCUUGGAGCAGGGGAUGUCAACACCUAUGCACAGAUGAUUGAUGAUGCUGAGGGACUGGAAAAGAUUGAGAACCUUCAGAGCCAUGACAACACAGAGAUAUACGAGAAGGCGGUUAAGAUGCUUGAGUCUUACUGGUUGGAGGAAGAUGAUGAGGCCAUGCCCACAGGUGAGAACCCCCAGAAUGGCUUCAACUUUGGAAAUCAGCAGAACUCUGUUCCAUCGGGUGGCUUCAACUUUGGCUGAAGAUACCCAUUUGGAAUGGCGUACCGUUGUGCCUUAGCUACUUGCUUGGGACUAGUCGGAAUUGGGGAGUCUUGUCGUUUGAGUCAUGGUUGGGUCCCGUCGGUCUGGUCUCAGGCAGUCGUCAGGUCAGUCUAAGCAGGGUCAGUCCUUGGCUGCAUUGUCAGUGGUGCAGUUUGGUCAAUGGUCAGUCUUCAAGGUCAACCGGUCGGAUCAUUUGGGUUCUGCCUCACCCUAUGGUGGGAGCAUGGGGAAAGGCCAUCCAGAGCCGCUGGUGUUGUCGGGAUAGUCACCAGUCGGGUUUUGCCUCCUAUAUAGCAUGAAUGGAUAUCAUAUUAAUAUCUAUUUGAGGUGAAAAAGAACCUUGAAAGAUAUGGUUUUCAUGGUCGUGUCGGUUUUUGUCAGAAGCUUUUAUGUGCUUUAUUAACUUGUCGUAAGAGUAUUGGCACAACUUAUAAACAUCAAUAUCAACUGGGUUUUGGGAGUCCCAUGUUGGUCUAUUCAUUGGUUUGUUGUAUGUUCCAUGGGGUUGUCGUGUCCAAGUUUAUCGUUUCCGUACUUGCUGUUGAUUGUUUCAUGUCUGUCUAGCAGAAGACAAAAGACAAGCUGUAUCGCCUGUUUGGGUGAUGCAUUUGCAGUCGAGUAAUUUGUUGCAUUUAUGGAAGAGAAAAGGAUUAAGGUGGUUCCCAAUUUUACCUAGGAACCUGGUUUGUUGUUGUAUGAUCACCAUUACGGAACAUAUGGAGGAAAAGAAAGAAAUUGUUGGUUAUACA